AAGCAUUGAAAGUAAUAAAUUCCAGCUUCAGCCGUCGGUCCUCGGAUCUUUCGCUUUUUGAUUUCCUUCAGUUUCCCUGAACUUUCUCUCCGUGGCUCUAUCCUUUUGCCAAUCUACAAUCGUUGCCCAUCAUACCUACAUCUAGCAAUAUGUCCACAAUAUUUGCGAAAGAUGCUUGCCCUCCUGCUGGGCCCUAUUCCCAGGCCAUCCGCGCCAACGGUCAGAUUUUUGUCUCUGGUCAGCUUCCGACGGACGCGGCAGGAAAUCUAGUGGAGGGCAAUAUUAGCGACAAGACCCAGGCAUGCUGCAAUAACAUCAAGGCGAUUCUGACUGCAGCAGAUUCAGCCGUGCAUAAGAUUGUCAAAGUAAAUGUUUUCCUUACGGAUAUGGCCAAUUUUGCGGAAAUGAAUGCCGUCUAUGAGACCUUCUUCACCCACAAACCGGCCAGAAGCUGUGUUGCUGUGGCUCAAUUGCCAAAAGGUGUGCCGGUGGAAAUUGAGUGUAUUGCGCUGGAGUAAAGCAAUUAUCCUGGCAGCCAUCUCUGGCGUUCUAGCUUUUUUAAUAAUUAUAUAUAUGUUUAUAUGUAUAUAUACGUAUCAAAAUGUAGUUAAGCAAUGCAUUGAUGGCCCC